GCAAGAACCUGUCACGCAAAACGUCAUUCCCAUUUCCCAGUAGCAGAAGCGAGUCCGAGAAGUGAGAACGAAGAGAGAGAGAGAGAAAGAAAGAGAACGGUCCUCUGCUAGAUUUUUGUCCUUUCUGCCUCCGUCAAUGGCUCCGAAGAAGCGUCCGGCUGUCGAAGGAGAGAAGCGGGCGACCCGCGGCUCUACGGUGACUGCGGCAAGGGCGACCCGUAGCCAGACUGCUGAGGGGAAACUGAAUCUAACCCCUCCCCUCGGCCACGAGUCUUCGCCUAAGAAGAAGAAGGCGAAAACCCCAACCCCGAAGGAGCAGGAGGUGAAGCCCGAGGAGGAAGUACCAGCGCCGCCUGCGGACCCGGAGCAAACGGAGGAGAAGCCGGCAGGUGACGAUGCGGCGGAAGGAGUUGUUGAUAAAGCUGCUAAACCGGAGGAUGACGCUGAGAAGGCCGGUAGCGACGGAGAAGCUAAGGAUGAUGGUGGCGAGGUCGAGAAAGAUGGGACGGGAGCGGAAGCGCCGGAGCAGGACAACGGUGGCAGUGCCGCGGCGAGGAGGACUGUGGUCAUCGAGCACUGCAAACAAUGUAGACAAUUCAAGGUGAGGGCUGAUAAGGUGAAAGAUGGCUUGGAGGAAGCUGUACCUGGGAUUACUGUGCUGCUCAAUCCUCAUGGGCCGCCUAGGAGGGGUUGCUUUGAGGUACGAGAGGAAGGAGGCAGAGUCUUCAUCAGUCUUCUGGGUAUGAAGCGCCCAUUCCAGCCAAUGAAGGAUCUUGACAUGGAUCAAGUUGUGGCAGACAUAGCUAGCAAGCUCAAAUGACAGCUAAAUCCAGUGGUGGAGUAGGUUGGUUCGCUGCUCGGGAGGGUAUCUUUUUUGGGGUGAGCAGCGGAAAGGGUUUUAACUUGUGUUGGUCCUUGGGGAGGCAUUUUAUUAGAGUACCAACUACAUGUCAUUUCUUGCUACGGAGGUACAUAUAUAUAACUCAAUUGCUUUAGAUUGGUUGCUCUGAAACUUCUUGCGGCUGGUUUACAAGCUCAGGUCCGUAGCUUUAACACAGACACAGAGCUCAUUUUGGACGAAUUCAUCGUCAGAAACUGUCAGUUCUGUCAUUGGUCUGUAUUCUGAUUGCUGUUGGGCAGAGAUCAAACAUUUGUGUAGCUGCAACUCUGCUACACAGUCUCUCUGCCCU